UCAGAAAUGUGAAUCGCUAAUUGUUGUCUGUCAUCUGUCUCAACCAGAAUGAUGAAACUGAAUGUUUUCCUUCUGCUGCUCCUGCUGACGAUGAGCUCAGCUUCCACUCACAAAAAUGUGGCCUUGCAUGGAAAAGCUACUCAGUCAAAUCGUUUUGAGCACGAUAUGUCAAGUGCCUCAAACGCAAUUGAUGGAAACCGUGAUUCUGAAUUCUCACACGGAUCGUGCACACAUACUGCAGAAGAGACCAACCCCUGGUGGAGAGUGGACUUGCUGGAGCCCUACAUCAUCACCUCCAUCACCGUCACCAACAGAGGAGACUGCUGUUCAGAAAGGCUCAACGGGCUGACCAUCCACAUAGGCAACUCUUUGACCAACAACGGCUUGGAUAACCCAAAGGUUGGUACAGUUGCUGUUGCUGGUCGAGGAGAAUCAGUCACUGUGACUUUCACUGACCGUGUUGAGGGACGUUAUGUGAUUUUGACUUUACCUGGUUCCCAAAAAGUCCUUACACUCUGUGAAGUGUAAGUCUACGGGUACCAUGCCCCAACUGAUGAGAAUCUUGCACUCCAUGGAAAAGCCACACAGUCAACAGUAUAUUUAUCUGGCAUAGCAUAUAAUGCCAUAGAUGGGAAUCGUGAAGGCAACUGGGACAUGGGCUCCUGCACUCACACGGACAAGAUCAUGAGUCCCUGGUGGCGACUGGAUCUAGGUAAAACACAUAAAGUGUUUACUGUCAAGGUAGCCAACAGAAACACUUUCUCAGAACGACUCAAUGGAGCAGAAAUCCGCAUUGGAAAUUCUCUUGUCGACAACGGCAACAACAACCCCAGGUGUGCUGUGAUCACAAGUAUUCCAGGAGGUGCUGUCACGGAGUUCAAUUGCAACGGAAUGGACGGCCGCUACGUUAAUAUCGUCAUACCUGGCAGAGCAGAGCACCUUACUCUGUGUGAGGUUGAGGUGUACGGCUCAAGGCUGGGUUAG